AUGGCUAGUGAAGGAGAUCCCUCACUUACCCGGGUAAUAACGGGACAAGGGAGACGGGGAAGCCACGGUCUGGAAGCCAGGACAGCACCUCUUCACAGCAGGAGACUCCCUCACCAGCAGAAUGAAUGGUCCAUGAACACCCACAGCCAACAGCAGACCUGGCACACUGUGAGUAUACCCAGGGCUCUCACUUAUGGCUUGUUCACCUCCACCCCUGGGUGCUGGGUAGCCACAGAUCCUAAUGGGCUGGUGAUAAGUGGCAGUGUGUCCCCUGUCCCUUUGUCACAGCUAGCUGCACUGGCAGUUUGGAGAAUGAGGGGAUGGAACAAAGGGGAAUGCAUAGGAUGGGAUUACAAAGAGCCUGGAACAAAGGGGGACAAGGAGGGAUGCCCUAGUGCUGGCCAUUCUAUUGGGCACAUUGCAAUAAGGUUGCUUAAUGCCCUGCUGUGUGUUUUUUUGCUGAUGGGGAGUUAAAGAGCAGAUCAGAUUUUACUGAUCUAUUGUCUCCUAAGCCCUUGCUAAAAGUAUUUAAGCUAUGUAACUCCUUCACUGCCAGUGGGUGUACAUUCCAGGUUAUCCCCAGCACAAAAUAGAGCUAAAUACAAUUAUAUAUGCAUCUCAUUAUGUAACUAUAUAUUUAGCAUCAUAUUUCAUUUUAUAUCAUUAAAGUAUAUUUUUUUAUCAUAUUAAAUCUUUUUUUAUAUAUAUUUUUUCAAUAAUGAGAAUUUCCAAUUUUGCCUCAUAACUGCAUUUCCCAAAGAUAUAAUUGCAAGGCAUUGUCACAUUAUAAUGUUUCUGUGUAACUAUCCCAUAUCCUUGCUCCCAGUCCCCUUUGCUCCAGCCUCCACCUGCCAAAAUGUUUAAUAUGAUACCACAGAGUAGACUUUAAUAAGCUGGGGGGAGACAGUCCAAAAAUAAAGUAGUCUGCUUUAUUUUAAACCAGAUACAAACCUCUUUGGUAGAAGGAGUUUUAAAUCCAUGCAGCAUGUACAGAUAUUUUAUUUUUUGUUACAUCUCUCUUAAAACUACAGAUAGAUUUCAAAUAAUUUAGGAUGUUCUGGCUUCCAAUGUCCACUAUGUACAGCUAUUAAUAGACAAUAUAUCCUCCUUUAUAAUCUUCCUUUCUGUUCCUUCUCUAUUAAUAAUGAGCAAGGUUUGGUGCAUACAAGAGGAUUUCUCUAUUGUAUGUGUUCAUCAUCCUAGUCAUUUAAAUAAAAUGUAGACUAGAAAAUGACUUGGUUUGACCAACACAAUUUCUGACAUCAUGUCAUUUUUUGGCAUUUAAGCGGAGGUCGUGUUUUAUAAGGACAAAUUUGGAGAAAAUUUGGAGCACAGUUCUACAUUCGGAGCAAUCAGCAUAAACAUUCCUUUGGUUUCUAUGGUGAUUGCACCAUUUUUUUAGCUACUUUACAGAGAAUUGCACCAAUCACAAGCCUCCUAUCUGAAGCUGCAAUUGGGGUCAAUGCAAGAAUAUCCUAUCUGCCUGCUUUGAAAAUAUGCUCUAUCAUGCAGACAACCUCUUAAGAACCAAUAACAAUCUAUGCCGUCAUAACAAUCAGCUCUUUAAGGAUUCCAUUCCGAAGUGGAAUGCCUCCGGGGCUUUAGAGUAUUUCCAAUGCUAGAAAAAGCGGAUAAACUAUGUAGGAAUAACAGUAUUUGAUGAUGAUGAAUGAAAAAUUUGAGAUGUUGCCAUAACGGGUUAAGCAGCUGUCCAAGAGCCCCAUGGAUCCUUUGGUAAUAAAGCUACAGAACUUUCAUAAAAAUAAAAAAUAAAAAUAAAAAACAGAUAUACAUAAAUGGUUGCAUCACUUCUGUCAGGGACGGCCAACAUUAGUAGUUAUAUUUAGGUACCCCGGUCAAUCAGCCAUGAUUGUUCUAAUUCCUUUAUAAUAUGUCUUCAUUGUUUUAGGAUUUAAUGUCCACAUGGCUGUUACUUGACAGUCUGAUGUGUUUUUGAUUUCAAAAACUUCAGUGUCACUUGCAGUGACGAGCAAAGGUCCAUGGGAGUUCUAGUUCACCGUUAGUGGAAUAUACAGUCUUUGAGUUGCCCUGUUACAAAUCACACUGCGGUGAAACACACAUUUUGGAGGAUUAAAAGACAUUUGCUAGUGUGGGCUUAUCGAGUCACUCCAAUAUGACUUCCUGUACAAAACAAGGUCCUUCUGUAGAGGAAUGCGCUCUGUAAUGCACCCACACAACAAAAGUGUAAAACUUAACAUUUUAAGAAGCUUUAAAUCAUUGAUAUAAGAUCUUUUUUUUUUUUUUAUCCCAAAAAAGUGUCUGUCUAAUCAUUUGCAACUUAAAUUCAUAUAAAUGAUUUAGCUCAUGUGUGAGCAGCAGCCAUUGGUUUUUAUGAAAUAAUUAGUGAUCAAAUCCAUAUUUGACACCAUGCAUCCAUUUAUUGCACAACUUGCCUCUCAGAAACCAGCUUCAUUCAUUUCCAAAUGCUGAACUGCAAUAUUCCCUCAACCCUUGGCUCAACUUCCCACCACUCUGUACCUUGGUAUCCUGGCAUCACCACAACAGUUGUAUCAUCCUAACUAAUUUUAUGUGUAUUUUCACACAUAAUGGAGAACUCCAAACUAAAGCACUUGAGCGUACAGAAGUGCUUUAGGGCUUAAUAAAGUAUCCCCCCAGCCUGAUUUUUAAAAAGUGCUUAUUUUAAGAGAAGUUGCUGGUGCAGUGCAGCGAUUGUCACGUAUGCGCCCUGCUUCCCAUUGAAUUGAAUGGGACAUUGGCAUUGCUGAGUUGGCGGCUUUGAGGGCUGAAUCCCCAAAUGUGAGACUCAUUAGCUGUAGAUAUCUACAGGUAGUGGAGGGGGCAGGUGGAUAUUGUUUUUUUUUCUUCUAGUUUUUAAUUCUACAUCUGGCACCUGCUUCUCAAAGCAUUUAGAUAUUCUUUGUAAUCCAGCCAUGCUACCCAACUAAUAGAAGGGUGUACAGGGGUGUUAUAUCAGAAACCUGAUGUAAAAAAAAAAAAGAUCAUUAGUAUAGUGCUCUUCAAGAGUGCUAAGGGGGUUGUUGCUCACCCAGGUGAUGGUAGAGAAGGGGGUGCCAGGUGACAGAGCUUUUCUGCACACCCCUCUAUUAGUUCAGUAGAGUGGCAGGAUCACAUUACAGACAUGGCUGGGGCUCUUGUCUCUGGUUGUGCUUUCAUUGAGAUAUCCCCAAGAGAUGAUCUCCAAGAUGCGGAGUGGAACUAUAGCAAGGGAUCCUCUGGCUUUAGAAUUAGAGGUAAGUUACCUCUUUUUUUUAGGGGAGCACGGCUUUUAGGGGCCCUAAAUCUAUACAGUGUUCAAAACAUUACAGUUUAUAAAUAAAGGUAUUUAUUUAUAAAAUGCAGGAGUGUUCCUUAAUCACAUGUACUUCUACACUAAUCUAUUCACCUAUUAAAUAUUGAUAAACAAACUAAUUUUAACACCUAUCAAAAUUAACCGCUUUCAACAGUAUAACAAAAAUAGACAUCAAAAGUUAUACCAAAUUUACAAAAGAAAAUAAAGAUUAAAUAAAGCAAAUAUUUACAUACAAUGUAUCACACAUUUUUGGGAAGUAACUUUGAUGCUGCUAACUCUCAGAAAGUUAUAUAAAUCUUCUGCCCAUUGGAGUGGUCUGGGUACCAACUCCCACUGCUCUUAACCCUGCAAGUGUAAUUAUUGCAGUUUUCAUAAACUGCAAUAUUAACAUUGCAGGGUUAACUCCUCCUCUAGUGACUGUCUAGAGGGCACUUCCAGGAUUCUAGCACAGGGAGGAUUCUGUGCUAGAGCGUCGCUGGAUGUCCUCACGCUAUGCGCGUGCGUGGCUGAUGUGAUAAAGGGGAGGAGCAGUGGCGGAGGAAGAAGCAGCGACGAGGGACAUCAUCGCUGCCUUUGGUAAGUGAGUGCAGGGCCGGCGCGUCCAUAAGGCGUCAUAGGCGGCCGCCUUAUGGCGCACCGGCUCUCGGGGCGCAAAAUUCCAGUGACCGGCAGGAGGGAAGUGCUCCCUCCUGCCAGGUCACCUCCUGGAUCCCCGGUGCGGCGUGCGGCUGAACUGGAUGCCGAGUUGGCGAGGGAGCUCUGAUCUCUCUGAUGACUUUGCAUAAUUUGCACGACGAUGACAUCACUGCAGGUGGCUCAAGGAAAGGUGAAAUUUACAUACCCAAACCUGUCCCUUGUGGAUGCCGCCAUUUUCUUCCGGCCAGACCUUGUCAGUGCCUGGAGCCGACGUCGUUUUACUCGCUUAUGCACGAGAGUAGAGCAUUGAGAACUAUCCAACGACAUCGUACCACGAUAGAUGCAGCUAAUAUCUCUGGUGACAUCUGGGAGAUUCACACUUCUAGACCGUGGUAGCUCCGCCCACGCCCAGUGUCUAUAAAUGUCAGGCGUAGGAAAAAUACGGAGACAAAGUAAUCCCUAAUUCUCUCAAAAUAUAUUUUUAUUGGAGUUUGUAAUUUCAGGGAAAUUUCAAAACAGUCAGUUGGAGUAUUUCAUGAAGAUUUUAUCUUUAUAAAAUACUAAUUUUGCUGCUUUAACCCCUUAAGGGUGUCCUUAAGGGGUUAAAGGGACACUUUAGUGUUAGGAAUGCAGACAUGUAUUCUUCACGCUAUAGGUUUAAUCUAACUAUUCUAGCGUCCCCUUUCCAGGAAGACAGAUAAUAGAGGUAAGUUAACCCUGCAAUGUAAACAUUGCCAUAUGUACUAAACAGCAAUGUUUUCAUUGAGAUUAAGUGGUCUGUGGGCCUAAAUAGUCCCUUUAAUUGUCGAUCAAAGCCGUAGCCAUAAUUAGAUGUUUUACAGUACCAAUUCACAGGUAGCUAUAAUCCCAAAAGCAACGGUAAAGCUGCAGCACAAUAUAUGUAGAAAGUUUAAAAAAAAAAAAAAAAAAAAUAUAUAUAUAUAUAUAUUUCAAAGCUGCAUUCAGCAAGCAGGAACAUACGUAUCGAAACUCCAAUAUUAAUUUUUCCUGUAAAAUGACCAAAUAAGCAAAUUACACAAACUAAAGUGUGAUUUGGAAGUGAAUUUAAAAUUAUAAGCCAAAAUAUCCCAACUGAAAACAUAGUUUUUUUAUAUUGUGGAUUUAAACCUGAUAUUCUGUUUUAAUUUGAAAAUACACACUUUUUUUGUGAAACCAUGUCAAUAUAUGUUUGUUAGAUGUGAAAUUGGGUAAAGCUGCUCUAAGUUUUGCAUGGUCAAUCUUAAACUUUCGUUCUCUCUGGGAUCCUGUGUCCCAUCUAUACUACCAUAACUCUUAGAAUGCUCACUACCUAACACUCUCAACGUUAAAUGCAAAAACAUCAAGUUAAAAAUGUACAAGUCUAGAAAUAUCUAUGUACGUAUUGUAGUUUCUAAAAUGAGUCUCUGAAACAUGCAUUUAGAACAAUGCUUAAUACAUUCUAUUAAGCUGAACUCAGCACUUUGGAUACUAUUUACAAAUCUUUGACCAGGUUUUGCUGACAAAAGCAGCAUUUUGACUCUCUUUUCAUGCUCUUCUGCUUACAGAUAACAGCACUCAAGACAUUUAUUUGA